UCCCUUGUGCUUUCGUUCGCAAGCGCGGCCCGUCGGAUUCUCGUUUCCUCCGUGUUACACACGCGGUCACCUACACCUACGCUCGAACGUGCACACGUACACGUACACCCUCGCGUUUUACCCCUCUGUGUUCCCCUGUCUACGUAACACAGAGCCGCGCGCACACACAGAGCCGUCCGCCGUUUUCCUACCUACCCUCGUGGUCGCCUCGUGGACCUUCCCUUUCGACUUCCGCAAUACAGCCCUGAGAGCAGUUACGCGCGCCCUUCGGUUGUCGUUCGUCUUCCCCGUUCUUUCUCUCCCUCGUGUUCGUGCAUUAAAUUGUUACGUCCAACACUUAUCGAGAAACUAUCUCUAUCUGGCCCGACGAGAGGAAAAAAAAUUUGGAAUUUGAAAUUUUUUGACAACUUCGUAUACUUGGCUUACGCUGGAUUAACAUGAUGAUUCUAAUGCGCCAAAAAUGUCACGUGUGCCGUUCGUGCCGACUACCAAGAACGAAAGUGCUUUAAUUCAUUAAUGAAUAUCGCACGCGUCUUUUGUGAUAUAGUGAUUAGAGUGUUAUAUUUAACAUUCUACAUGAUUGAUAUCCUACCAAAAGUCAUUGUUAGACCUUUGAGUGAAGUUAUGCAGUGAUAUCAUACUACAACAUUAAGUUCGUGAUUAUGUAUUAGAAGAGGGAAUUUGUGAAAAUUACGCAUACUGAGCUGCAGUGACCGUUUACGGUCCGUCGAGUUUUAUCUCUACGUGUAAUCUCUGGAAUUAGUGCUGCGUUAUUUGCUAUUCGGUUUAUACAUCGCAACAACAUGGUCGACUUCAUCGCCUAUCCGGAGAUCUCCUAUCUCUACGAUGAAUUUAUGAUGGGUGUGACGGGCGACCGGCUGGCCGGGGGCGCCGCACACCUCCUCCACCUCUUCUUCUUCUUGCCACGACCACAACACACAAUGUAACAACUACUACUACUACUACUACUACUACUACUACUACUACUACUAGUGUCGUCCGCGCGAACCACGUUCUCAAUGUACUCGAUGUGAUGAACCGUCCUAUUCAAGUGAAGCCAGCGGACAGUGAAAACCGCGGAGGCUGUGCCUUCGUGAAACUUUCGUCGCACCAAGAAGCACUGGCAGCAAUAAACUCUCUACACGGUAGCCAAACUAUGCCGGGUGCGUCAUCCAGCAUAGUGGUAAAAUUCGCAGACACUGAUAAAGAGAGACAGAUAAGACGCAUGCAGCAAAUGGCCGGGAACAUGAGCAUCCUUAACCCCUUCUUCAAUCAUUUCGGCGCUUACAACGCUUACGCUCAGCAGCAAGCAGCGCUUAUGGCAGCCGCAACUGCACAAGGAACGUACAUCAAUCCAAUGACCGCGUUGGCAGCUGGACAAUUACCGCAUACAUUGAACGGCAUGCCAAAUCCCGUGGUCCCACCAACUUCUGGUUUGCUCGUAGGUACCGGCACAGGGCAACCGGUUAACGGGGCACUACCGUCGUUACCGUCGCCAACGAUGCCCAAUUUUAACAUGGCCGCUCAAACGCCGAACGGCCAGCCGGCAGGCUCGGAUCCAGGUGUCUACACCAACGGAAUACCGCAGACUUAUGCGGGACAUGCCCUCCAUCUGUCCAUUCCAGCGCAGGGGUUGGCCAACGGGGAGGCGGCACUUCAGCAUGCCGCCGCGUAUCCUGGAAUGCAGGCUUAUGCUGGAGUGGCCGCUUACCCCGCCGUCUACGGCCAGUUUCCUCAGGCUAUUCCUCAGCCGAUGACCGCGGUGGCACCCACGCAGAGGGAAGGAUGCUCUAUCUCAGGACCCGAGGGCUGCAACCUGUUCAUCUACCACCUGCCCCAGGAGUUCGGUGAUGGCGAGCUCAUGCAGAUGUUCCUCCCGUUUGGCAACGUCAUCUCCUCCAAAGUCUUCAUCGAUCGGGCGACCAACCAGAGUAAAUGCUUUGGUUUCGUGUCGUUCGAUAAUCCAGCGAGCGCGCAAACAGCGAUCCAAGCGAUGAACGGCUUCCAGAUAGGGAUGAAACGAUUAAAAGUCCAAUUGAAGAGGCCCAAGGACGCCAGCCGGCCAUACUAACCCACGUCCUAGCCUAGAAAAUCUGGACGAGUCGCGCCCUAUGCCAGAGUAUUAAAGAGUAUCGUCCGAGAAACGUGAACUCGAUGGACGCUCGACGAUCAGGAGUGAUGAGUUGAAUCACCGUUACAACGCUCUCCGCCGUAACAACUUAGUAUACUAGCUAGUUAAUUCAUUAGAGGAUAAAAAUUUAGAGGUCAGUAGGACAGCGACGGCUUCAACGUCGUUGAAGUUCGUGCGGCGGCGGCGAAGAGGCGAAUGCGAUGAAGGAUGUUCUGCGCUGAACCCAGGCUCCAAAAGGAAAAGCCGAAAAGAGAAGAGGACGCGAGGCACGCUGAGACGACGUUUCCCAGAUGUUCGGAUAACCGGAAUUCCGUCGAUAGGACUUUCUCUUGUCUUCUUUUCGUCUACUCCCACUAAAGCAACAAUCUGCAUGUUCUUUUCAUCCUCCGCGAGUUUAGUCUCUGGUCCCUACUGCCAGGUGAGAGAUUACGUUCGAGCUCGAGGACGAGGGCGCGAAUGGACACGGAGCGUGCGACGAAACCUUUUGUGAACAUCUCUCGAGGAUUCGAUCAUCCCGGAAGCACUGGAAGUAUUUAAACUGACUCACGUCGUCCGGAUGUACACGGCGACGAUAUUCCGCUAUAGUUACACGCGCGAGUCACAAAUAUCGCGCGCCCCGCGACGAUCGUCCAGCAUUAAAACCGACAAUAGCUAAAAUCGCGAAAUAUCCCGUCGAUAAAACGCCUCUAGAGACGUCUCGUCGUGUUCGUUGCGACUAGUCCGAUGAUGCACAGCGCGGAAAAGAUGCCACGGCAGAGGAGAAAUUCGCCGAGCUCGGCCGGACAUCUGGCCAGAUUGAUCCUCGGCGGAGCUCUCGACGAGGACGGAUCAUCGUGUCCGUCGGCCGGACACAAAACAACCUCCGAUGAUCAUCGUAGUACGAGAGGCCGACGAACUUUUUGUACCGCACUUAGCGAGCGAUAUAGUCGUCGCGAUCAAGAACCCCGCGCGUGUCAUCCCCUUCGAUGAUGACAACGACGACGACGACGGGAUGGAUAAUAAUCUCCGCGCGACUGACGAAAGUAGGAUAAAACACAGGCUCGUCCCCGAAGACGCGGACGAGGUCCGAUAUCUCUCUCCCAAAAAGACAAAUGUCAAUCAUAUGCUAUACAGGGUGCUCGUCUGACGAAACGCGUCUGAAAACGUUGAAAAAAUAGAAAAAAGACAAAAAUGUAAAAAAAAAAGAGAGAGAGAAAAACAGAGAAUUAAGCGGCGAACAUGGGCUCAGCGCCGGUCCGACAUCCCAGCCGGAUAUCGGGUUCUCCUUAACGUUUAAGGUUUAAACACGUACGAUGCGCUGUAGAUUUUAUAUACUGCAGAUAGAGGAGUGAGAGAGUGAAAGAGAGAGAAAGGAAGUGUGUGCGUGAAGAGGAGUUUGCGCACGUCGUGCUGCGCGUCGAGGAGGAAGCGAGAAAAGUCCUGUCCUACUCGUGCGUGCCCGCACGGUGCUCGUCCUCCGCGACUAAUAGUUCUUAUUACUACCUAUGGUUAUGGUGAUUAUCAUUAUAAUUAUCGCUAAGUAAGUGACGCGCGAGUUUCCGGCCGAAAGUAUAAUCUACUCCGUUGUGUGGUUCCUGCGUGAACAUCGAGAGAGGAAAUCGCGUGUGAGGGCGCGAUUGCCCCGCCCGUCCCGCCAUCGAUCCCGCGGCUCCGGUCCGAUUUACGGAUCGACGAUCAACUUUGCCUGAUCGGUUAAGCAUCGCCCGAGAAAUGUCAGCCAGGCUGUGAUUGUCCAGACGAUGACGAUGUCGCCAAUGAUAGUCCUCUUUAAGUUUUGUUUAGUAAUGACGCUGUCUUCUGUUGUUGUUGUUGAAAUAGGAAGAAAUAGGAAGAAGCGCGAGGGAAAAACCAAAGAAAAUAUGAUAGAGUAAUAACAAUUAUGUAAAAUGCAAUAUUUAUCCUAGAAUCGCUUGCCGUCUUUCUUUAGACUACGAUGCAGAAAGGGGAACAAACAGGAAACUAGGGAAUAAUAUUUUUUUACGUUUGGUUUUAUUUUUUAAGUGUAAUAAGGAUAAGUUUAGGGAUGAAUUAUGGGGGCUCUGAUUGUCGUGCAAUGAUUUAAUUGAUUAUAUGCUUUAUUCUCGAUGUUGGCCGGGACUCUAAAACCGAUGACAGAUUUGAACUUAUCUUUUUCAUAGAAGAGGACCGCGCGCUGCCGGACGCGAGUUCGGUAUGCCCAAUCGAUCAAUCAUGUGUGUUCAUGCGGAAUUCCUGUGACUGAAAUAGACAAAACAUUGAGCAUUUCGCGUGCGAUGCCCGGUCGGAUACGCAGAGUGUCUCGAGCGAGUUCGCGAAAGAAAACCAAAGAACAGGGAGAAGGAGGGGCGAGGGAGGGGAAGAUGGGAGAAACAGGAGAACAGACCGAAUAUAUAAAAUACGCGUAGGAUAGGUGAUAGGGUAGGCGAGCGAUGGAGCGGAGAGGAAAACUCUGAUCCAGCAGAAAUAAUCAUCCAAAGUACCAACACAUAUAUAUGUAUAUAUAUAUAUGAUAAAUAUUAUAUAUAUAAUAUGAUAUAUAUUAUAUAUAUAAAAUAUAAUAUUAUAUGCGUACGCAUACAUACACAUUUACGUACGUGAUGUGUGUACAUGCGUAUAUGUGCAUCGAUAUGAAAGGAAAUCGACUUAGUAAAUUAUUUUAGUUUUAGCUAAAUCAACAUCUAAUAAAUUAUUACGCGGAGCACACGCAGGGAGGGGGAACGAGUUUAGUGAGACGAGAAAUUGCUUGGUCCGGCGCGCUGCCACGGCUACUUUACGUUUAUAUUUAUUGCAUUAUAUACAGAUACACACGUACAUAUACAUAUACAUAUAUUUAUAUACAUAUGUACCUAUGUUUUUGGACGAGCAAGAAUCUUCUCGUUUUAUAAUCCGCUCCGCGAAUUUGUUGCUCGUCCGAAUAUGCAACGCGCGCGAUACGCGUGUUCGCGCGACGCACGUGCGCAAUUAACGGACACUCAGUGUACGUGGCUCACGCACGUGCGCGUGUGUAAUCAUGCGUGCACACGUGUGUACGUACGAGGCUAAUUAUACGACGAAGAGAAAAGCGCUUGGAGAAGGACUUGCUAGUUACGAAUUGACUAUAUAUAUAUAUGUGUGUAUAUAUAUAUAUAUAUUCCUAUACACAUAUAUAUACACAUAUAUAUAUAUAUAUACCAAAUAAUGCUAAAAUGACAAAGAUGAAGGGAAUAAUAAUGAUAACAAUUAUUUAUGGUACAUAUACAUAACUUAUACAUUACAGUAACGUAAACAUACACAUAUAUUCUUGUCAUUUUUAGAAGGUUAAAUUUAUAUAAUAUAUACAUAUAUACAUAUGUAUAUAUAUAUAUAUAUAUGAAAAAGGGGGAAGCUAUUAACGACGUCGGGCGUAGUUGACUUAACAACAGGAGACUCGCGGACAUUUAUAGGAUGCGCGAAAGUUCAUCGUGAUAUUAUCGGCAAGAUCGUAGAUAAAUCUUUGCCGCGCCGCACACUCCAACUCGUGCACGGAUGCGAAGUGGAAAUGAGCAGCCACAAUCUCGUUAAUCGUCCAUGCAUAAAUCUCUCUCUUUUAAAGUUUUUGAUAGCAUUCUUUGAAGAAAGAUAGAAUAAAAUACAAUAUAAAAUAUAAUAGAAGAUAAUACGAAGAAUUUUAUUUUAAUAUAAAUAAUUAUGAGAUAUUCUUCAUUGUAAAAUAAUUUUUCAUGUAAAACAUUUAAUUUUUCGUAGACUGGCUAUCACAAUAAUAUUGUAACAUUGUUGAAUUUGAGAGUAUUUAAAUUUAUCUCAACAAUCGUGUCGAGAUAGCACGCCUCAAUUUAAAUUCGAAAAACGUGAUAUAAAAUACGCAAUGUCUUUUUAACAAUCGCGCGGUACUGUUUUUGUUCUUCUCGUGAUUUCAAUUUGAGCUAACGGGUAAUCGCCGUGGAAACCACAUAUGUGCACACGCGGAGGUGUCUAUAAAUCCUUCACGCAUGCAUAAAUAUAAUUAGAGAGCGCGAUCAGCCUGCGUGCCGGUCUAUGCCAAAACUGUGCGCGCCUGCAGGAUGAGAUUAUCGCCUCCGCGAGCGGACAUUUCGUUUCUCACGGAUGAUCGUCAAGAGUUCUGUGGUACACGUGCACGGGGUCUGUGUGACGUACUUGCGCGAGAUACGGUUGCAAGAUGAAUGAAUCGGAUCGGAUCGGAAUGGAUUAGGCGCUCGUCUACGAUUCUCCUUGUCCGUGGAUAGAUACGUCGGUCCGAUCGCGUAGAUUGAGUCGGACGGUUUCCGUCCCUCCGGGUGAUUCUCCAUCGAGACCGUAAUCACGCGGGAGUGGCGCAUGCUCGUUCAAACAGCGAAGUUGCCACGGUUUUUCUUUCAACUGGAUCGCGUUCGUUCUACAAUUACAUCGUCUCGCAAUCGACGAGAGACGCGCGGAAAUUAGGUGAUGAAGUAGGGAAAAUCUUUGCCACGUCUCGUAGCGAUGGGAUCCGAGGGAUAUGUUCUCUGUUCCCCAUCGAUUUUCGAUACGGUUAGGAUAUCCGGUUUUAUCGGGAUGCUUUCUGCGUUUGAAUGUCUCGCGCGAGCCGCGGUAGAUCCCGAAUAGUUCGAUUCUUCCGUGGAAUUAUUCGAACGUGUUCUUCGCUCUCGUGAGGCGUGCAAAUUUCAGGGAGCGAGUGAGAGAGAGAGAGAGAGAGAGAGAGAGAGAAAAGUGAAGCACGAGAUUACCUUCGAGCGAGAAGCUCCAACGAAAUCCAUUUGAAAGAAAUCGCAAACCGACACGACGCAGAGUGGACGUCCGAAGAUAGAAAUUCAGAAAAAAAGGUGGUGUCAGAUCGCUCACAUGAGUACUUGUAGACACACGCGCAUCGCGCGAAUCUCCUCUCAUGUGCACAUAUACACACAAUCACACACACACACAGACACACACACACACAAACAACACACACGUACACACACAUUAAGAGACACGUAUACUGGAGAUGCUUCUAUGCAAGCACCAACUGAUAAUAUCACUACAAUCUAAGCUUUUUAAAGUCUAAACAGUACUAUUAGCGAAUAUCAAGGAACACAACCUACCCUAAUAGAUACCGUAAUGGAUAACGAUAUAGAUACAUAUAUAAAUAUAAAUAAUAUACAUAUAUAAAUAUAUAAAUACGAAGUUAACGGCUAUUGUAACAAAAAAAUACAACUAUUUUAUCCAAACAAAGUUUUUGCUACAACCGAAGUAGUGUGCAUCUCGCUAUAAAGUAAAUGAGACUUAAACUAAAAGAAAAAAGGAUAUUCUUAGCUCUAAGGAAAAAUAAUAAUAUGAUAAUAGUGUAAUCCGUGAGGAUCGGCUUUCAAUUUAUUUUUACAUAACGUGAUUGUAAUGCUGAGACGAAUUCGAUGCUCGCAAUUAAAUGUUCUGAAUUCUGGGAGGCGACGUGCACCCGCACGCAAAAUCCCAGACGUCAGAAUGCACCGCGUCCGAGAGAAUCGGGUACGCGAUUCUCGUAUCAAUUCGAGGCGUCCAAUCCACCGCGUAAAUUCAUUUGCAUCAACUAAGCGAAGAUUGUCGAUUACACGGGUCGGUUGCCAAAUGAAAAUCGAUACUCCGAAUAGUCUGGGAUGCACAUACACUUUGUCUGGGAUGCAAACGGAUUCCCGCGGUUUCUCGAUAUCGAGUGAAUAUCUAUCCAAAUUUAGCACGGAGACACGAUGAACUACAAGAAUAACACGAAAAAUAGAGAACAGGAUAUAAUGUACAAUAAGAUAAUAAUCGUAAGCAUUAAUCGAUUAGAAAACAAGUAGUUGACGGUUAAAACAAACGAGAAUUAUAUGUUUCCUACAAGCUCGGCGCGAUGAACAAAUCUGUCGCAUAAAUAUCUGUGCUCCGCAUUGAAAUAUAGCAUAUGAUUGCGUUCUCCUGCUUAUUUUUUUCGACGUUCUCGUAUCUUAUUCGAUCAAUUCAUCGUGUCUCCGAACAACGCAAAUCACGAAUUCGAUGUCGACACGAACGUCCGUCAAUCUCGCGCCGCGAAUCUCGGCUGGCGUCCCGCGAACGAACGACGAGCACGCGAUUGGAUAUGUGUGUGUGCUGUUUUCGUAAUUCCUAAUUCAUCGCGACUCGCCAAGAGCGGCGAGAGGGCAGCGCGUGGUGUCGAUAUUUCGCGGUCGGUUGCCGUUGUACGCGCGCGAGGUAGACACGAUAAAAAGGAAGACGAGAAAAUUCCACGCUCUCUCGCUCCGAGAGAAGGGAACGAACAUCGGACACACCAGCAGCAGUAGCACCCGUCACCGCACCAACACGAAGAAAACAGCCAAAAAACCUAUCAACCCUCACGACACCGCUACGCCGCGUUGUUACCAAGUCCCAAUUAGACGUAGUAGAAACGUAAAUUGGAAUCAAGUCACGCGCGCCGCGAUGCGAUCCGGCAGCCGUGGUGUCGGUGAUACUAGGAAACAGGGUAUGUUUUUUGCAAUUAUUUGCGUAAACUUGUAAAAAAAAAAAAGGGUGGAGUUAACGAGUAAUAAAUACAUCUUCACGUAUACACGCAGGACACGCACUCGCACAAAACCCAAACAUACACACACGCACACACACACGUACACACAGGAGAAUCUCACGUACAUACAUGCAGAUUCGCGCACGCAUAUGUACACAGGGGGGUAUCGCAAACACGCGCCAAUCCACGAGGGAAUCCACGAGUGUCGCGCAUGAUGAAACACAGACACCGAGAGAGGCGAGCGGGGCUGAGACGCUUAACCGAGGCCGCUGAUCGCAACUGCUCGUACUAAAUGAUGAUACGAGUAAAAACUCUAAAAGCUCACUGUGUGUGUGUGUGUAUCGUCGUCGUCGUACAGACUUUUCAAGCGCGAAACGUUAGAGAACUCGUCGCGGAUUCGGGGGUGAGUUUCAUCGUCACGGUUUGAGAACGAAGCCGAGAGUUUUUCAGCGGGCCGUCCUAGUAUCGCGCGUAUUGCCGAUGGAGCCUUAAGUUUCCUUGUCCCCCGCGGAGGUGCGCGUUCGCCGCCGGAAUCCGUUCGUUCUCGCGGUGCCGAAAAAAAGGGGAAAAAAAAACCAAAAAAAAAAGGGAAAAAGAAAAACGUCCGUAUUUUGCGGGGUACACCCGCAGGACGCCGCGGGCACCGCCGUCGUCGGGAACACGUCGCGUUUCUCCGGUGAGUACAACCACCCCCUCGUUCUUCCUUCCUUGUAAUUCCCGCGUAAUUCUCUCCUCUUCUUGCAAUUCGCUUCUUCUCUCCUCCCCACCACCUCCCGUCUAUCUCGCUUCGACGUCGCGAUCGCUUCGUCGCCAUCCUCCUCCCUCCCUCCACAAGGUUUUUUUCGAUAAUCGACGGGAAGGGGGGGUGGGGGGCAAACGUACGGGCCGCGACGACACGCUAGCUAUAACUCGCCGACGUUCAGGGCGACCGAUGUCAAUUCUUUCAGGUACGCUUACGCGCUGUUACAUGACGAGAGCGACCGAAAAUUCGCAUUUUUCUGUCCUUUUUGCUUUCGACGUGACGAAACGCGCGCUAAUGUGACUAAUGUAUAGGCGCGCGGGGAUCCGAAACUGAGCCAUCGUACCUUCGCCGCGCGUCAUCGCGAAAUCGCGCGCACGUCCUCGCGAGAGGGUCCGUUCUCACGCGGUGUUAUCAUCCCGUGCCUCUCUACCCGGCCACUACUUCGAUCGACUUACCCGGGACCAAUCGUUCCUUAUCAAUCCCAAAGAACAGUGCGUUUCCUAGUUAUGCUAUGCAACACGCGCGAGAAAUCAUUUAGGUGACGCGAAAAUCAACGCAGCCAGUCCGGAUUACAGCGAAGUGUGUAAUUUUCUCCUUGAAGGCAUUGGCUUUCCUUUCCCAUUCUCGCUUUCCUCCCUUCCCCCUCCGCCCUCUCCCUACUUCUCGGAGUAGAUACGCGAGCCCGCCUUGGACCAACGACACGCGAGAUGACGAGCGCGCGGGAGAACGAGGCUUUUCUGCGCCGCGCUUAUGAUGCGAACGACGAAUUUUAACGAUGGGGAAGCAACUUUAUAUUUCUAGAACACUAGAAACUCUUAACGUGUAACGAGCUUAACUUAGUGCGCUGAUAUACUUUGUAACACGAACUUUCCCCGAUUUUCAAAGAGUCUUUUCUUUCUUGUAAAGCGAAUGAGAUAACGCGUUCGUUAAACGAGCGCGUGUACCUUUGCACAGAUUGGGAUCCAUCGGCUCAUCUGUAUACCGUUCGCUGUCGUUGAGAAAAGCGGGACGGUACGGAUAACGUGACUUGGUGCUUUCUUCUCGCUCGCGUUCGCCGAGUGAGUGAGAGUUAUCCUACUCCUAUUCUUCAAAUCCCCGAUCUGUCGUUUUCAAAAUUCGCACUCUUUCUCUUUAUUCAGUUGAACGAUUGCUUCUGUACUGAUACUUGUAUACGUUGCCACGUCUUCAUUAAAAAGUUAUUCUACUUCGAUGAAUUGAAAAAAAAAAAAUAAGAAUUGAGACAAUCGCGUAUUGAGACCAGAGGCGCGCACAAAACGUCUCCACUUCAGGCGUUCGAGCUUGAUAAUUUAUAUCGCCUAGGAUCGACAUUCUUUUAAACAAAGUGGAAACAAAUGAAAUUCGAAGAAUGGAAAAAAAGUGAGUCUGAAUUAAGCUCAUCAAGCUUGCCAGACUCAAGAUUUCUUUAAUUACUACAUUUAAUGUUUCUGGAAAUUUCGAAAUAAUGGUAUUACAAAACACGAACACACGCAAACGUACGACAUUGAUCAGUGAUACACUAAUCAUUGCGGACGCGAAUCAAAUUCGGAUUACGAAACCCUCUCGUUCACAUUACGAAUUCACAUAAAAAUUAAUAUAUGCAUUUUGCUCCUAACAAUGACUGAAUGAGAUUUGUAGAAACUUAAGUGAAGAAUAUAGGUCAUAAAUGACAGAUAGACACGUGAUAGACAACUGAAUCUCGAUAUUUGAUUGACAUGAAUUACGUAUCACGUAUCGCAAAGGUAGAGGCUUGCCUAUUCUGCGAUUUACAAUCUGGACCUUUGGCUACUCUCAUCUGCGGUUAGCUAAUUAACAAUUUGCAGUUCGCAAUCCGAAUCCAAUUCGCGUUCGCAAUGCGUAGUCUGUUACGAGCUAUACGUGUACACGUUGUUGUUUCGAAAUUUCAAUUUCCAGAAACAUCGACUGUAUUGAUUGAAGAAAUUUUGUAUCUAUAUUGAGCUUUGAAUCAGACUCGAGUUUAAAAAGCUCGAGCAUAAAGCCCGCGACACAUUACUCAUUGCGAAUACGGAUCGGAUUCAAAUUGCAAACUGCCAAUUAUUAAUUAGCCAAUCAGAUAAAAGCAACAAAAAAUCCGGAUUAUAAAUCGCAAAAUAGGUGCUCUUUUUUUUGCAGUACGCAAUUCAUGCUAAUGAAUAUUGAGUCGAUAAUUAGAAACAAAAAGCAUAUAUUCAUUUUUUUUUAACUCUUAGUAUAAACAGAGAAUCCAGGGAGAUUCAAUGAAUCUUGAUAACAUGCGCAGUAAAUCAAGUUUAUAUUAAAAGUUCGAGAGUCAAAAGCCUGCAAGGUGGAGACAUUUUAUACGCCUCUAAUUGAGACACGUGAGAGAAAGCAGCGCAAUCUCUAUUUAUUUGUAAGUCGAUAAUAGAAUCUCGAAUAUCUUUCUACCAAUAUUUUUACAGAAAACAAAAAAUUUCUUAAACACAAUUGAAUAAAAUUUUUCCAAAAUUAAGGAAAAAAUUACUGAAGUUUAAUAACGAUUUUUGCAAUUGCUCGUUCUAAAGACUUUUCCAUGUGUCUUAGUAUAUUCGUCCAAUUCUUCGAUUAUUCUCAAACUUGUUUCAUUUCCGCCGAAUCUGAAUUCGCCGAAAUUAUUUCUGAAUUUGAAAGCAUAACGAUGAAACGUCAUCGAUAUCUUGCGAUUAUUAAUAACGCUCUAGUAUGCGAGGAUCAGAAAGAAAUGUAGUUGCGUAGUAAAAAAUGUCGAUUCGUGGCGAUGAUACGAUAUUAUCUUCCCAAUUACUUUUUAUGUUCAUCCAACGAGAAGAUAAAGGAUCGACAAAACUCAUUCGAGAUUAUACCUGCAUUGCGAAAGAAGAAGCAUUAUCUUAAUUUCUAACGAAGAUUUAGAAUGAGUGACAACAAGCAACGCAAAACCGAGAAUUCAACAGUAGUGGACAUAGCGAUAUUCCACAACUCCAUUCAGAAAUAUGUCAUUUUUAUUUAAUCUUUAAUACUUUUGAAACGUACAUCGAAGCUGAGCGAGCUUGACGAAAUAAUCAUAAACGAUUAGAAGGCCGUACGUCACGAAUCGAUUGUAAAAAGCCGUUAUAGUUCUUUGCGUUAGAGAGUUUACAAAAACGUAUCGAGAAGAGAAAAGCCACGGAUGUUAGAGCAAGGAACGCGUAACUAAGAACGCAAGUAGGGCUUGUGGUACGUAGUUCUUACGAGAUGCUGGAUAGCGGUUUGAAAAGAUUCGCAUAUAGCGUAGUUUUAUAUAGCGAGCCAUCUCUUUUUAGGCGUAUAAGAAAAUGGAUAUAUACAUAAUGAUUAUAUGACUAUCGCUAACGCGCGUACGUGUUAGAACUAAACACACUAUAAUCAUCUGUCACGAGAGUAGAAUUUACACACGAAUCACACACUGGUCACAGCGCUAAAAGUGCGUCACCCUCUUACAUGCUCGAUAUAUACGUAUGCAUACGUAUGUCGAGUCUGUGUACAUAUAUAAAUACAUAUAAAUAGCACACUUUCGAGAUAUGAACAAUACGCUAGCUCGAGAGGAAACUCGACCGAAAGACACAAGCGUGAAAAAUCGGCAGAACGACACAGCGCGGAACUACAGAGAAAGAGAGCAAGUGGAUGUGCGUGUAUGCGACGUACGCGUGUAAUGAACGAGAGCGAGGCGGAUAAUAUGACGUAGUGAGCGAGGGGGGGGGGGCACGAAGGUUUAAGGAUUACUCUUACAGACAGAACAUAUUUUAAAUAAUUAAUCGCCAAAAGACAAGUUUUUAACUUUAAUCUCGUAGCGCAUAAGAUCAAGACAUAAUUUAACGUAUAUUAUAAUAUAUACAUACUAUACAUAAUAUAUAAAAUAUAUAAUAUAAUGAUUGAAAGUCGACUCUAAAAUUAAAUUUAAAUCGAGAGUACAUGGGAAGGCAUAAGAGUUCUUGCCAACGGUUACGUACAGGUAAAAAAAAAAAAACCUCGUAUAACGACGGAUCUCUAGAAGGUGAGGACGAAACGGGGGACGGGAAACGCGAGUGACGAAGCCUCGAGUCAUCGCGCUCGAAGAUCGGCAGUCCCGAGAAUUUCCGUCGAUAUGAAGCCCACAAUUUGGAUAUAUUUCUUCUCGUCCUAAUUCUAAAAUCUUUGUGCAAUUAUUAUUGCAAUUGUAAGACGUCACGUCCGCACUUUUAUCGUACGCGAUGAGCAUUGCGUGUUCUGCGCGCAGCAGAGACCGGAAGUUCGAUGGACGUAAGAGGAUUUCGGAAAGAGAUUCUCUUUCUCUCUCUCUCUUUCUUUAGAAUAAAAAAUAUUCUUUUAUAAAUAUUUAUUAAUCGUUAUAAUUCUCGUCGUUUUACAUUGCCGAUUCGAGAGAUCAGAUCUACCGAAAAUUAUUGACAUUUUUUCCGCCGGGUAAACGUCCACCGGACAUCCGUUGCUGUGCGUGCGUCGAAGAAAUAGUAUGUAAAACUAGAAUCGUCAACUGCGAGAGGUUGCGUAUCAGGGACGAAAAAGCUUAUAGCGUCGAAAUUUUUUUGUGGAGAGUGAACGCAUUUUUUUUCCUUCUAACGCGCUUAAUUGCGGAUAAGAGUAAGGAUAACGUUUUUGUUAUCGGGAUAAUCCGUUCCCGGUCCUUAUGCCAAUGACACUUAGGUAGCACGCGAGAAUAGAACGCCUCGAAUUUCUAUUCGUCAUCAGUGAGUUACGAGACCGUUUGACGAGGGCUUGCUAGCCAGUAACGAGCGACAUGUAGUUUCCGCUUUCCGUUCGAGGUCUCGUUUCCGAUUAGCGUGAGGGUAGGAAUAAUUGUGCCAACAUCAAUUCUUCCAAAUUUAUCGCCGUUUUGUGCACACGUGCGCGAACAGCGAGAUAAUGUCAUGUCAUGCUCUUCGAUGCUCUUCUUCGACGCAUGGCCAACACUGCGCUCUCAUAAUUUCUCUCUCGACACGAUACAACCACUCGUUCGUGUCACCGCGUUUUACGAUCGAAUUCUCUUCUAAUUUCUGCAUUAAAUUAUCUCGACAUAAUUUGUUGCACAUCCGAAACAAGAGCGCAAGGGACUUGAUUGCAAUUAGAAUUGAUAUUUUUUCCUCGCAAGCUGACUCAAUAAUGAGAGAACAAAGUCGAGCCGGAAUUGAGGGAAAUUAUAAUGCAUCGCUUCGGCGCCUGCUCGGAAUGCAACAGUUGGCUAACAAGUGGUCUCUUUCGCGCGAGAUGCGGUAUGAUAACGUGCGAACGGCCGACGAAAUAAAAUACGACGCCCUUUCAAAAUGAUACUCUGGUCGAAGUUUUCCCAUUGACAGUCUUCAUUGUCCCCCCGUCGAAAAUUUUGAGUUGCUCUGUCAUUGACUGAGAAUUCAAUGCUAACGUGAUCGAUACUCAUUUUCCGGACAGCAGCAAUUAUAUCACAAACUGUAUCGUAAUAACAUAGAAAAAAAAUAUGACAAGAUACAACAAAAUUUUACACUAAGUUUGUAUUGCUUUACUUAAAGAUUUGAAAGUUUAAUUCUUAUGAGCAUUUUUCUCGAGAAGAAAUAGAUACAUUUUUUUAAGGAUAUAAACAUAAUAAGCUCGGAAUUAGUACUUAAUGAGAAUACAAAAUGUACAAUUUUACAAAUUGUACUGUGAAGCUCGUUUUAACCACAAGUGUGCUCUUUUAUAUUCCAACGAUCCUUGAAACCUAACUGACACAAGAAAGGAAGGCGCGGAAGUUUUGAAUGUUCAACAGAAAAUCGACGCGACGAGAGAGAGACGCCUUAGAAUCUCGCUCUUAAUUUUUCACCGCGGUUCCGGACGACGUUGGCCGAUCGGAGUUGCAUACCGGUGAUCUGAACGCCCGCACAUGAUACGCGCACUCUCCAGUCGUUGAAACGAUUCCCACGAUCAAUGCUGAAGCAUGCCGCAACGCUGUGAUCCUACGAUUUUAAUAAACGCCUGUAUCCUCGAAAGCUGUUCUCGAAACGAUUACUAUAUUACGAUCGCGCGAUUACUCUUUCGAAUCCCAAAGGUAUCUCUAGUCGAGUCAAAACGUUUAGUGAAACCGACCAACGCUUGGUACAGCGAUUGUUUGUGCCGCGAUUAUUUAUUUGCCUGAUUAUAUUUAUGCCGAUUCGUAUUUAUUACGUUGGCUUAUAGUUUCCCGCAUUUCUCGUAACGAUGCGCUUUUCCUAUUUACUUGAGAUGUUAUAUAAUACUGUUGCGAAUAUUAUACUUGUUAAAUGUCUCCGUGAUAAGCGAACCGACGACAGUUGCCCGUAGCGAGUUGCCUGUUGCUGAAGAACGGAAUUGUUUCACAGACCCAGAUUGUACCGUCCAGGCGAGAGUAGUGUCAAACAUCGGUGAUAUCGUUCCAGCGGACGGUUUAUCUAUCCACGUAGUAGUUUAUCUAUUCACACAAUGUAGUUUAUUUUUUUUUGAGAAUUUUUUAAAAGAUAUAUAAAUAUUCAAGAAGAUGAACAUUAUGCGUUCUCUGAAAUAAUUGUUCAUAUACCAAAAUUACAUUUAACAUCUAUAAACAAAUCUUAAUAAAACUCUACGUCUACAUUUAAAUACAUUCUUUUUACAUUGAACGAUAUUUUAUUUCACUUUCAUUCCUUUUAGUUCAGUUUUAAUCUUCAAUGUUCGAUUACGUCGAUGGAUGAACCAUUUCCAGGCAACGCGAGUAAAAAAAAAAACGAUGUAUAACGAUUCCUCGCACGCGUUAGCCGUUUAUCGUUGUCGACGACGGGUCAUAAGCCGCCAAGGCUCAAUAGCGAUCGGCAACGAUCGAUCCGGCAAUUGUCGUUUGUUUUGGGAGACAUGUAAGUCUUAAUCGUACUAAAAUCACGACGGUGCGCGGCGUCAUUCGCGCAUCGCGAGACUGACUUUAACGCUCGCUUGCAGGAAUUUUGGAAACAGUGCAAUUAUGACUUAAGAGUCUGCGGAUCUAGUCAGAAUGGGGAAGGGGAUGGGGGGGAAAUCGGGGAGAAGGGCGCGCGGAAUUUCUAGCGAUCUCUAGUCAGGACACGUCGUUUUCGAGUCCCAUUCGAGAGAAUGUCGAUCGUAUCGGACAUCAUGGACACGUCCGCGCGCGAGCAAAUCUUUAAAAAUAAUUGCUAUAUAAAAAAAAUUAUAUAUAUACAGAUAUAUACAUAUAUAUAGUUUAGGUAUCCUUACGAAAGUGCAAAGGGACAGCUAAUAUAUAUAUAUAUUGUGCGGCGGUCAGUGUGUGAAAAGGAGUGCGUGACGAUGCGGUCGGUGCUUUAUCGAGACGGUGCGCGUAAAGACGACGCGGAUGCCCAACGCAUACUGGUAUACUUGUACAACACGGUCCAUUACGCACGUCCCCUCUUGUUUUUUUUUUUUUUCACCGUGCUUACGGCAACGGAUGGAAGGCUGCGUUUUAUUUUAUCUGCUACCCUCCUCGCACGCGGCAUGUCCGAUCGACGAUGUCGAGUUACGACGGCGUUUUCACUUGCGUUUCUCGGAUUUGGAUUUGCUUUCGACCGCCGUAGAUCACUCUGAGGACGAUCCGACUGUAUCCCGUACUCGAGGCUAAGAGUGUAGAAUUUUCUAACUGUACUUACGACUAUAUAACAUCUAACCUGUAUAUUUUUACAUAUUGAAUAUAGGGAAGCGAAAUUGACGGGUUGACAGGAAUAGGCGCGGGUGAGAGUCGAGUAUAUAAAUAUAUAUAUAUAAAUAUAUAUAUAUAUAUAUAUAUUAAAGUACGCGAAUAGCAUAGAGCCGAAUAACACGUACACUCAUACACGAACUUAAUAUAAACUUGAUAAAAUAAAAUACGCAUAAAACUCAUACACACGUACACAUAUACAUACGCAUACUUAGGCACGACAUGAUAAGUAUCGUCGAGCCUUGAGCGAGAAAGAUAUUAUACAGAUCGUAAGGGAUGAGAUCAGUUUUAUUGUUGAUUUCGGCGUGACAUACAAUAAAAUUUUGUAAUCGGCGGCCCUGGGGCUUGCGCUUUCGCGCCCGGGGCCCGAGAACGUUGCGUAGUAUAAUCAAACCCCGACGUAACAAUGCGAGUUUUUCCUCGAUCAGACUCGGGGCGACUCUCGGGAGCGAUCGGGAUCGCCGAGAGCGCGUGAACGAGACCGGGGCACGAGAGAAAUCAGCGUGCCGAUAAUCCGGAGAUCGGGAGGGAGGGGGGAUGAGCGCAAAUGUCUCUCGGCGAUCUUGAGAAUGCACUACGAUACUCGCCGCAGUAAGUCGGAAGAAGAUAUCUGUACAUAAGAAAAAAACUACAACAUAGCACAGGGUGUACGUACAUGCCGGUGCACACGUAAUGUCCUAUAUAGCGGAAGUACUAACUAUGAUAGCGUAUGAAAAUAAUAAGACGUUCGCAGAGCAGGCCAGGCGCUUGGUGAUGAAGGUGCAUCGCCCCUUUUCCCCUUCACGACGAAUCUCGCCCUCGCAGGUACGAUCUUCAAAAUGAAAUUGAGAGAGAGAGAGAGAGAGAGAGAGAGAGAGAGAGAGAGAGAGAGAAACCGUGCCCUACGGCAUAGUAAUGGAAAUCAUUUACGAUCGCUACGCUCGCAUCUUCAAAUCAGAUGACAAAUUGGACCGAAACAUGCAACGCGACGUAAACAAGAAAGGAAAAAGAAAGAAGGUGAGAAGGAAGUAGCGAAAAUAUUCGGGCACGCAAAUUGGAUCCAAGUUGUGUUUUCUAUUCCUGUUGUUUAAGAGUAACUCUCGCCGAUAAUAAUGCAGGGAAUGUGCAUUAAUAGCUUAAUUGAUCUAGUCGAAGUAUAUUGUCAUUUUAUUAUUCGGUUGUUUUGAUUAUGUGUUGUUUACGACAAGGCAUAAAGAUGCUCUGCUAAGUUUUGUACGCGCAACACUAUAGACUAGAUUUUUAUUUUAAUACGGUAAUUUAUUCUAGUGCAGGAUAUGUUAAAGAACAAAGUUUUUUUAGUUAGCAAUGAAACAAAGGAUUCACCCUAAUAACUAUUUAUUACGAAUAGAACAGUAUUAACAUUGGAUACGUUGUAAGCGAAUGUGCAAAAUUUAUGAGUUGACCGACUGAAUAGACGAGAUGGUUGAUUUAUUGCUAUUAAGAUUAUUAUUGUUUGAUUAUUAUUGUAUUAUUAUUAUCACUAUUAUCAAUGCUGCUGUCGCUAUUAUCGCAAAUAUUAUUACAAUUAUUAAUAUCCGGCCAAUGGCAAUUAUUAUAAUAAUUUCGUGACGAAUUGAAAAUCGGACGACUGGAUCGGACGCAAAAAAAAAUGAAACUUUAUAAAAGAUUCGUGCGGAAAGGCGACGACUCGUUCGUAAAAAGUUUAUUCAAUUCGAUUCGGUUGCGAGCGUACGCCGAGAGAACGAUAGACGACCGAUGCCACGUAGAUCAAAAGUAAUAGAUAAAACGGUAGUUGCGCGAGAUGCGACAGUUAUUAGCAUAUCAGCGUGUUGAGCUUAGAGAGGCGCGCGGAACAAUGAGACCACGCGUGAUAAUAAUAUUACCAGUAGUGUAUGUAUGCGUUUAGAGAGGAAACGAGAGAAAGAGAGAAGUACGUACAACGCGCGGAUGUUUCGGAGACGCGAGAGACGUUGCACCUGAAAAUGCGUUCCUCUGUCAGUAUUAAAAACGCGAUGUCAUCGACACUGUUGUGAAUUAUCGAUUAUUAUUAUCAAAAACAUUACGAUUAUAUACAUAUUAUUAUUAUACCAUCAUGCUGUGUAAGAGACGAAUAAAAUAUCGUUAUUGUCUCUAUACUAAUGCAACGUGUUAACGUUGGAUUAGCAUAGCAUUGCUGUCUAUGCAUUUUUCACUUUGAAAUUUAACUAUCCUUAAGAUUCAAAAUAUCAAAUUGCACCGAUCAUUUAAUAUAUACUAAACGAGCCUAGAGAGCAACUAAGUGCAGGAGUAUGACGUCGGUACAUAAAAUGAAUUGACAGAGAGACGUUCCGGCAUAGGAACUUUCGUAUAUUGCUGCGUAAAAGAGGAUAUCGUGCAGUGUCGGUGGUAUCGAAUGUCGUGAGGACGAAGUUGUAAUUUUGUAGCGAAAAGAGCGAACAGAACGCUUGUGUUCGAUCGAAAUCUCCGAAGAUUCGCUCCGAAGCUUUUGACGGCAGAAUUUUUCGUCAAAAGUACGAGAAUCGCAGUUGUGACGUGUUUUUGACGUUUACGGUGUUAGAGGCACGUAUUCGAGAGGUUACGACGGAUUAUUCACCGCGCAGCGAACGUCGAGAAAUUCUGCCGACGCCUGUAGAAUAAAUAGUUAUUUAUAAAGUCACUGUAUCGAGGGCGAGAGCUAUAAGGUACGAGAGGCGGAGUGAGGGAUGGAGGCGCGAGGGGCGCGAUGCAGAGGUGGGAAUAGCGUGCGAACGGAAGAUAUGCCAUUUUGAAUUAUUAUUUUCAUAAGGAACGUGUAAUAUAAAAUAUAUAAUAUAUAUAUAAUAUAUAAAUAUAUAUAAAUAUAUAUAUCAAUAUGGACGAAUUAACAGCAUCAUCGGGACUUAUGAUCGCGACGAUGAUGAUGGUUAAUAUUAUUAUUAUUGCUAUUAUUAUGGUUAUUGAUUACGAUUAUUAUGGAAUGACGAUUAUUAUUAUAACGAGAAAAAGAAGCUAAUGCAUUAUAUAAAAGAAAUAAAAGUAAUUAUACACUUAACACUUACGUUAGGAAGCUAGAUACAUACAUUUGAUGCAAGCGAGAAAAUGGAGUAAUCCAUGCGUUCGACGAAAAGUCUGUAAUUAACAUGAAAAAAAAAAAAAAUUAACGUCGUACAUUUCUAUAUCAUGGUAGAACACGGGGACGUAUAUAAAGGACUAAUAUUUUUUAGCGAACGUCGCGGAUAUCUGCAUUUCGUCAAAAAUCAUGGAAUACGAAAUGGUCAAGUCGAUAAGAUAAAAAGAAACGUUAAAUAUCAUUGAUCUGUAUAAAUCUGUCCUUCAUAUAUAUUUCUGUUGAGAUGAUAUAUUACGUUAAAUUGAUUCCGACGCGUCGUCGUGUCGAAUCUAAAACCAUGUAUCGAUCGGACGGAAAAAGGGUCUCCCGACGUUUGCAUUUUACGCGCCACGGACGUGUUCCCGUAUUCGAACAUAAAACUAUAAUGAUUUGUUUCACAUGUUCGUUUAUCUUACGUGAACGCCGAGCCGAAAGUUCUGUACGACGUACAUUAUCUCACUUGAAGCUCGCAUACAGAUUACAUAACUAGCUAUUACGGACAUGGCCAUUAGCAGAGAAGUGUAUCAUUCAAGAUAGUUUAUCAUUAAAGAAACGGUAAUCAUCAUAGAUAUAUUAACGACAUUAUUUAUAUUAUUACGCAUAUUAUAUAUAAAUAAUUGAUAACAUACUAACCCCCUCUAGGGUGAAGUAUUGCGAGGGGGGGAGGGAGGGCAAAGGGGGAAAACUACGAAAGGGUCGUAUCCAAGUGGGCGCGACGGCGGCGGUGCGUCGUUUUUUUCGGGAUGUCACCGAUACGAGAGUGAAAAAAAAAAAGAGAUAGUUAAACAAACCGCCAAUUACAUUAACUUCGACAGUACUAUUAUUUGUAUAUGCCGAACGAUUAUGCCGUUUUCAGCGCAACAUAUUUUGGCAAUUCUCUUUGGUGAUAUGGUUCAUAGCGAUCGUGUUUUGGUGAGAAAGAGACAGAGCGAAAGCGAGAGAGAAUGAGAGAAUGAGAGAAUGAGCGAGCAAGAGGGAGAGAGAAAGAAAGAGAGAGAGGAAGAGAGGGAGAGAAAGGGAGAAUGGCAGAGGGAAAAAGAAAGAGAGAGAGAGAAUGUGACAUAGAGUGACAGAAGACGAAGAGACCGGAGAGAGGGAGAGAAAGAGAGAAUAAAAGAAUAAACCAAACGAACAAAAUAAAAAUCAGAAGUUUCUAUACUUUUUACGGAGAUUGUUAUAGUCUAAGCGCACACUGAUCAAGGCAUUCGUCGCUCGGCAAAAAACAUAAUACAAUUAUUAAUAUAAAAUUUAUAACAGAAAUAAAAAUAAAUGAAGUUAAUAAAUAUGUACACUGUAUAAUAAACAUUAUUUC